UUCUUUGCAUAUAAAUUCUAAACACGCAAAGCAUGUAUAACUUAGACUCAACACGUGGUAGGCACAACAACAAUUCUCACUAACCAAAACUUCACUGAAGAAAUGGCGGACUCCCUAGACGGAAACGUUUUAGCAGCCAAAUCGUUAGCCCGUUUCGGCGUCGCUCACAUGUUCGGCGUCGUGGGCAUCCCGGUAACCUCCCUUGCCAACCGUGCUGUCCAAAUGGGUAUCCGUUUCAUCGCUUUCCACAACGAACAAUCUGCCGGCUAUGCCGCUUCCGCUUACGGCUAUCUCACUGGCCGCACGGGCCUUCUGCUGACUGUUUCUGGGCCGGGAUGUGUCCAUGGGCUCGCAGGUCUAUCCAAUGCCAUGAUCAACACCUGGCCCCUGGUCAUGAUCUCGGGCUCCUCCGAUCAGAAGGAUUCCGGCCGUGGAGAUUUCCAAGAGCUUGAUCAGAUCGAAGCCGUGAAACCUUUUUCGAAAUUCUCAAUCAAAGCUAAAGAUAUUAAGGAAAUUCCCAGUUGUGUUGCUAGGGUUUUAGAUCAUUCGGUUUCGGGUCGACCCGGCGGGUGUUAUUUGGAUUUACCAACCGAUGUUUUACAUCAAACGAUAACUGAAUCCGAAGCUGAAAACUUGCUGGCUGAAGCUGAGAAAGGAAGAACUUUUGAAGAAACAAUAGUUCCGGAAAGUUCGGAGAUCGAAAAGGCGGUUAGUUUGUUAAGGAAAGCGGAAAGGCCGUUGAUUGUGUUUGGGAAAGGAGCAGCUUAUGGGAGAGCUGAGGGAGAAAUGAGGAAGUUGGUGGAAAGGACAGGAAUACCGUUUUUGCCAACACCAAUGGGGAAAGGACUGGUGAAUGAUGAUCAUGAGUUGGCUGCUAGUGCAGCAAGGUCACUUGCUAUUGGGAAGUGUGAUGUUGCAUUGGUGGUUGGGGCAAGGCUUAAUUGGUUGUUGCAUUUCGGGGAGAGUCCUAAGUGGGAUAAGGAUGUGAAGUUCAUUUUAGUGGAUGUUUGUGAAGAGGAGAUUAAGUUGAGGAAACCACAUUUGGGUUUGGUUGGGGAUGCUAAGAAGGUGUUGGAGAUGAUCAAUAAGGAGAUUAAAGAUGACCCUUUUUGUUUGGGAAACUCUCAUCCUUGGGUUGAGGCUGUUUCGAAGAAGGUGAAGGAUAAUUUGUCAAGGAUGGAGGCUCAGUUGGCAAAAGACGUUGUGCCUUUCAAUUUUCUGACUCCUAUGAGGAUUAUCAGAGAUGCUAUUUUGGGGUUGGGAAGUCCUGCUCCGGUGGUGGUUUCAGAAGGUGCGAAUACUAUGGAUGUUGGAAGGUCUGUGUUGGUUCAGACCGAGCCUAGGACUAGGUUGGAUGCAGGGACUUGGGGGACAAUGGGUGUUGGUUUAGGUUAUUGCAUAGCAGCUGCCGUCGCUAAUCCUGACCGGCUUGUGGUUGCUGUUGAAGGGGACUCUGGAUUCGGGUUCAGUGCAAUGGAGGUUGAGACAUUGGUUCGAUACAAGUUGCCUGUGGUUGUGAUAGUCUUUAACAAUGGUGGUGUAUAUGGAGGUGACCGGAGGAGCCCCGAAGAAGUUACUGGCCCUUUUAAAGAUGAUCCUGCUCCCACUUCCUUUGUUCCUGGUGCAGCCUAUCACACACUGAUGGAAGCUUUUGGGGGCAAGGGUUACCUUGUUGGGACUCCUGGUGAACUGAAGUCUGCCCUUUUGGAAUCAUUUUCUGCACGAAAGCCAGCUGUAAUAAAUGUUACAAUUGAUCCUUUUGCUGGUGCAGAAAGUGGGAGAAUGCAGCACAAGAACUGAGGUAGGCUUUAGCUCAAACAUUUUGUCCUACAAGUUGGAAUUUGGAAGCUGGUCUUCACUUGACAAAUCAAUAAUGUGAAAGGUUCAGUUUGUUAGUGCUCAGUUGUGAAGCAACAAAUACGGGUAAUUUGUAUUUGAUUUUUCUGGUUGAGAGCAGAGACAAAGUGUAUAUCCCAUAGAUAAAGCAUUUCAUAUGUUGUUUUCCUUUUUUUGGAAUUGUCAAGAUUUUUAUGGAUUAUGAAGCAAGGAAUUCUACACAAAAUUUCACAUGUUAUCAAGUGUUGUGAUGAUUGGCAACAGCAUUC